AGUUGACCUGGAUGCAAGAAAGUGUGCAAUAGUUUUAUUAGUAAUAUUAACGACACCUUGUUGGAGCAGGUUUACAUCGAACAUACUAAAAACUCCUAGUGCGAAAUGGAAAGAACCAACGACGGCUGUCGACUCUGCCUUGAUCCCGUUGCCGAAAACUACUGUUCAAUUGAGAGUCCAGAUUUGAAGCAGAAAAUGAUUGAAGUGUUUAGUUUCACGAUCGAGGAUAAGAAAGGAUACUCCACCAAUGUAUGUCAAACAUGCUUGCACACCAUAUCCGAGUUUUAUACGUACUCGCAACAAGUCCGAGCGAACCAGGAAUCACUGAGUGUCAAAAUAGAGUCAAAUGUUGAACCAAUCAAAACUGAACCAUUUGGGUUCUUCGAAAAUGAUUUGAAAAUUAGCAAGGUAAAAGAAGAAGAACACAUGUCGCUUAAGUGUGGCAAUUCCAGUCACGAGGAUGAACAGUACGAACCAUCUUCUGGGGAAUCAAUGGAUGAAUCUCUUUCUGAGUUUUCCGAAGAAUCAACUACUAAUCAAAGGCGAAUAGCAGGCAAAACCUCUGCUGAUCGUACUGCACAAGUAGGUCUGGAGCAGAAGCCAAAAAAGAAACGUAUUAAAUUCACGAAGGAAACGAUAGAGCAGCAGGAUCAACAAAUACAGGAGUUCUUCAAAAUGAUUUGCGACUUGUGCGGGGAGCUGGGGGAAUCUUUCCAUGCUUUGCUUGAUCAUUUCCAGAUAGUUCAUGGCAAGCGCGGUUAUGUUAUGUGCUGUAAAAAGAAGCUGUUCAAUCGCCGUUACCUGCUGGAACAUAUGACCUUCCAUAAUAAUCCGAACGCAUUCCAGUGCGAAGUAUGUCACAAAUCAUACAAAAAUAAGGAAUAUCUGGGAGCUCAUUUGGCGAAAGUUCAUGGCCAAGGAGUUGACCGUCAGUACAAGUGUAUCCAUUGCCAGGUGUCUUUCGCUAAAAAGCACAAAUUAGAGGCACAUUUGCAAAAUCACGAAAAAACCCAGUGUCCGUACUGUCACAAGAUGUUGAAGGGGGCGGCGAGCCUGAAGGUUCACAUCACCAACCUACACAGCGACACCGAUCGGCGCAUGAUUUGUGAUACCUGUGGGCGUGUCUUUUUAAGCAAACUUUUCUUUGAGCGUCACGUCCAGGAGCACCUGGGAAUCGAUCCGGUGAAGAAGUAUCAGUGUCAAAUCUGCCAAAGCUGGUUGAAGGGGGAACGAGGACUGCAGGAUCACCUGCAGCAUUCCCACUACGAAAAGGCACAGGAAUUCUUCUGUGAUAUCUGUCAGCGGCGUGUGGCGAACUAUCGGGCACUGCAGAAACACAAGCGUCGGGUUCACACGGAGGAAAAGUUUGCCUGUGACUUCUGCGAUCGUAAGUUCAAACAGGCGUACGCUUUGAAGUUGGUUUUUCAGGAACAUCGAGCAAUACAUACCGGCGAGGUGUUGUACACAUGUGAGAUAUGCAAUAAGACUUCGAAGUCUAGAGCAAACCGUUAUGCUCACAUCAAAAAAGCUCAUCCGAUCGAAUGGGCUGAGAAACGACGUAUGGACGCGGAAGCGAGAAUUCCGAAGACGUAGGCACUAGUAACUGAUUCCUAGGGUCAACUUCGAUAAGUUUCUCGGAAAUGCGAAUGCAGACUGAACGAAUUUUUCCCGUAAUUUCACGAAUCAUGUGAAUUUCAGAUGAUCACUCAAAUAAUUAGAUCAAUUGUUUGAAAUUAUGAUCAUGGAUGCGGAUAAGGGCUUUGAACAAUUGACAGAACAUGUAUUUUGGUGAAAGUAGACUAACUAGGAUUAGUUAUUCUACGUAGGCUUAUUUCGACCAAAUCAACAAUCAUAGCUCUAUAGAAGGCAACUCUCGGUCAAAGAAUGAUUUUUCAUCGUGCUGCUUUGUGUUUCAUCUGGUAUUUCACAAGGAAGCAAUAUCGAUCCAUCAAUGUUUCUCAUAACGGAUGACGUCUGUCCUACGUCGACGACAUGGAGAUCUUCCGUGAGGUACGAGGUUGUACUGAUGAAUAUAAGAGACAAUCAAACACGGGGCUUCAUCUAAUCAAAGUGAUUUGAAAUAAUUGCAAAUUUUCAAUCGUCAAUUAGCGUGGAAAUCUCAUCGGAUGCUGUUAAACUACUCUUGGCAAUGAUGGAGACGUCGUGGGUUCGAUACUAAUGCUCAAUACUAAGAACGUCUCUAGGGCGCUUCAAAAUGAAUGUUGAAUGACGGUCAUCGCUUUUUUAAUGGAGCUAAUUCUAAUCGCAAGAACUGAAGACUUAAAACGAAAUUUCGCAAAUAGUUAGAAUUUGUCCAACCCUAGAAAGGAAGCGAAUGACCUAAGUUAAAAACCAGUAUAAUAAAAAAGCAUGCAAUUGUCGUUU